AUGGAUUGUGUAAAAUUUCCUAUUGUGAAGGAUUUGUCGUUCGAAUAUUUGAAUAGCGAAGUAAAAUUUAUAAUAAUUGAAUUCGAAAAUACCGAUUUAAUAUUUUUGUCGAACAUUUCGAAAAUCGGACAAAUUUUGCAGGUUACAUUUCCACAUCAUUUAAUUGCUUCUAAAUUGCAUUCAACACACAAUAUUGAAUUCGACACGAAAAUUCUCCUUGGCGCUUAUUCGGACGAUUUCGAAUUAUUAAUAAAUCGUUUAGUGAAAACAAUUGUGAAAUUUAAUCGUCGUCGACGCGAUUUUUUCUUAGCGAUUGGUUUCGGUGAAGAUCAGUCGGAUUUAAAUGAUUACUUUCGUAUAAUUAUUGAGCAAUACCAGAAUCAUUUUCAAUCGUCUUCGUCUUCAUCAUAA